CGCUUCUCAAGGACGACUUUCUGUAUGAAAUUUGAGCAACUGCAUCUCUACGCUAUCUCACCGACUACUGGUACUUGGGAAUUUCAUGUUACUACCAUCUACUGGAUUUUAAGAUGUAUGGCAUUUAUUCUGUGCCCAAGUGCCCUGUCUCGCAAUGUUCAUGAAGGUGAGAAAAUCUUAUGACACUUCCUGUAUUUUCUUCCCUUUAAAGCCAAUACAACUCAGAUUACUUCCCUAUCACCUUGUGCUACAGUAGGGUGAUAUAAAAGAUAAAAUACGGUGGAACUGGUCUAAACAGAACAGAGUACACCUGAGAGCCGAAGUGGGUGAAGUAAGAAAACAGUAUGUCUGAGGAUCUCUAUGCUAAGCUUGACCUCACAAAAAAAGUUAGAUUUCAGGCGGACGAGAAGGAGGACAGAAACACAUAUGCAGAUGACAAUAUCAAUGAUUUAAGGAUUUAUGACAACUACUUGCCAGAGGGGAAAACUCAGCCGAAAUCACAGGAUAACACUACUGAAGACCAGCAGCAAACCACUUCAGUCAAUAUAAGUUCAGUCAAAAAUCAUCUUGACAUUGCUGCAGCGGUCCUAGGGCUGCUGUGUCUUGUCCUCCUGGCUGCAGUCACUGUCCUGGUGGUCCUAUUGAUUCAAGACAAAAACUACUGGGACAUGGAAAGAAAUCAAUUACAGACAAGUUACAAUGAAAUUAAAAGCUUCAGCGGCAACCUGACCUUAAAGACAAACCAGUUAGAAAAAGAGAGAGACCUCCUGAAAGCCAUCAACAAUAACCUCACCAAUGAGAGAGAAGAAAUUGAAAGCUUCAAUCUCAACCUGACCUUAAAGACAAACCAGUUAGAGAAAGAGAGUGACCUUCUGAAAGCCAUCAACAACAACCUCACCACUGAGAGAGAUGAAAUUGCAAACAUCACAAGCCAGUUAGAGAAAGAGAGAAACUAUUUGAAUGCCAUCAACAACAACCUCACCAUUGAGAGAGAAGAAUUACAGAAACAGCUUGAGAGAACACGCUGUCCUGACCAAUGGAUAAGGUUUGAGGAUGGUUGUUAUUUAAUUUCCACCUCAAAGAAAAACUGGACUGACAGCAAGCGGUUCUGUGAAGAAAAAGAUGCACAGCUGGUGAUAAUAUCUAGUGAAAUGGAACAGAGGUUUAUUAGCUCAUUUGGCCCGCGUAAAUGGAUUGGUCUGACUGAUGAAGAGACUGAAAAUACUUGGAAAUGGGUGAAUGGAAAGAAAGAAACCACGUUGUACUGGACAGACGGUCAACCAGAUAAUAAGAGAACAAAUGGCAACGGUGAAAACUGUGUUGAAGUUUACACCAGUGCUCCUCUAAACACCUGGAAUGAUAUGAACUGCAAUUUUCAAACGCACUUCAUCUGUGAGAAAAUACUUCAGUAAAAUCAGAUUGUUUUGGACUGAUUCCACAUCCAGGGACGGAUUAUGGACUGGGCACCCAGGGGCCGGCCUCUAGCCCAAAACAAUUUGCAAUGCCAAUCAACAAUAUAUUUUCAUCUGUCUUUUUCAGAGGGGCUCCAUUCUCCUCUAUCGUCUUACUACCAGGGCCCCUGACCUUGUUAUAGGGCAUCUGAAAACUGGGUGGGAGGGGGGACCUCUGACAUUUGGCUACCAAGGGCCCUUGUGUGUGGGGGGGUGCUUUCAGAGGGCCCUCUGGCUACCAGAGCCCCCAGCCUUGCUAUAGAAACUCUAAUGAAAAAGGAUGAGGGGUGGCGGUCCUCUGACUUCUGACUACCAGAAGCCUUUCAGAUUAUGCUGAUUAUCUCUUGAUAUAUUUUAGCGACUUUUUUUGUGUGUGUGUGGUGGUGGUUGGGACCGGGGGCUCCGUGAAGGCCAACACAACCCUUAAUCUGUCCCUGCCCACAUCCACGCUUUUACACAUGUAGAACAACAAUAACAUGAUUUGCAUUUCCCUCUUCUGAAAGCAAAAGGGUUCAUUUCUGUGCUGUAUUUUCAUGUAUAAACAAAAUGCUGAGCUGAAACAUUUCAGUUAUAUUCAUCAGUUAUUUGUUGUGUUUGUGAUGUGAUGUAAUGCAGAAAAACAAAACAAAUAAAUAAAA